AUGUCGAGGCGACCAACCGAUGUUGCGAAUAAAGAGCGCAACGAAUAUAUCCCAUCCUUCAUCUCGAAGAAGCCGUUUUACGUCGACGACGAUUCCUCUGCCAACGACUAUCUUGAGCAUCAACGUCUUCAUAAAGAAAAGGAAGACCAAAAAUGGUACGAUAGAGGGAAGCGUUUGGGCCCGGCGGCUACCAAAUACCGGAAGGGCGCUUGCGAAAAUUGCGGAUCGAUGACACACAAGACCAAAGAGUGUUUAAGUAGGCCGAGGAAAUAUGGCGCAAGGUGGACCGGCAAGGAUAUACAAGCAGAUGAGCAUAUUCAGAAGGUGGAGAUGGGGUGGGAUGCGAAAAGAGAUCGGUGGAACGGCUACGACGCAAAGGAGUAUCAGAAUGUUGUUGAGGAAUAUGAGGAGCUGGAAGCUUUGAAGAAAAGGACGAAGGAUAAUGCGACCAAGGAACCAAAAUCUACAACCGAGGAUAAUGACGGUGAAGACGAGGAUGCUGAUGGCAUAGCAGAAGCUAGGUAUGCUGAAGAAUCGGAGAUGGGGCGGCAGCAAGGCAAAGGAACAAGAAACCUGCGAAUACGAGAAGAUACAGCAAAAUAUCUAUUGAACUUGGAUCUUGACUCUGCAAAAUACGACCCCAAGACCCGAUCUAUGGUAGAUAUGGGUGCACAGUCAGAUCAAGCUGCCGCGCUGGUCGCGGAGGAGAACUUCAUGCGAGCUUCAGGUGACGCUCAAGAGUUUGACAAGGCGCAAAAAUAUGCCUGGGAAACGCAAGAGCGCGGUGACGUUGACAGGCAACAUCUACAAGCGAACCCUACCUCCGGAGAGUACUAUAGGAAAAAGCACAAGGCCGACCAAGAUGCAAAGAAGGCUGCUGAGAAGAAGGCCUUGUUGGAAAAAUAUGGUGGAGGGGAACAUCUCCAACCUGGUCUACUGCGGGAUAUGGCAGUCAUUGAGAAUGAAAGAUUUGUUGAAUACGACGAAACAGGAGCGAUCAAGGGAGAGCCCAAGCCUGCUGCUAAAUCGAAGUAUGCGGAGAAUGUUCUGAUUAACAACCAUACCUCGGUCUGGGGUAGUUGGUGGUCUAACUUCGACUGGGGCUACGCCUGCUGCCAUUCAACCGUUAAGAACAGCUAUUGUACCGGAAAAGAAGGAAUGGAAGCGUUUGAGCAAGCCCAGAACAUGCUCCGAAUCGACGCGGGAAAUGACGACGAAUCUCAAGUUCCACCUGAAGAUACGGAAGAGGAGAAGAAUGCAGAAGAGAAUCGCGAUAAGCAAGCCACAGAGACACAAAAGAAGCGUACCCGCCAUGAAAUGGAUGUCGGUGUUACAGAAGAGGAGCUAGAGGCAUACAAGAAGUCUCGAACUGCUGCUGCAGAUCCGAUGGCCGCUUUCCUCGGCAAGGACGAGCUAGUCUCAUAA